UACCCGCACAAUGUUGACACUAUAACUCCAUCCAUUGACACUACUUAUUCUUCAGUUCCAUCAAAUAACCCUAGAAUUUGAUUUCUCAUCAAUGGAUACAGACGUAGAAAUGGCUCCUGCUGGUGAAGGAUCCACCGUUGCCGUACCUUCAACAGCUUCUUCUUCUUCUUCUACGAAGAAACCAAAGCGUUUUGAGAUCAAAAAGUGGAACGCUGUCUCUUUAUGGGCUUGGGAUAUUGUUGUGGACAACUGUGCUAUUUGCAGGAACCACAUCAUGGACCUCUGCAUUGAAUGUCAAGCUAAUCAAGCUAGUGCUACUAGCGAGGAGUGCACUGUUGCCUGGGGUGUAUGUAAUCAUGCCUUCCACUUUCACUGCAUUAGUCGAUGGCUCAAAACCCGUCAAGUGUGCCCAUUAGAUAACAGUGAGUGGGAGUUUCAGAAGUAUGGUCACUAGAGGAUUCAAUACAUUGCAACAGAGAAAGAUCAUGCUAUUGCGUCUAUAUUACAUGACUCUCAAAGUACUGCAACCUUAAAACUCUUAUUUUCAGUGCUUUUUUGUGUGGUGCUACAUAUCUAAGACUGCUUUCUAUUGGGAUGAGAUUUAUUAGAGAUCUGGUAUUCAUAUUGCACAUAUGAUGUGAUUUUGAACUUCUCUGUUAAUGUUCUAUUGCAAACAUUAAGACCUUUCUUCUUGUUGAUUAGUUGUUUGGAAAGACUAUCAUCGUUGGUAAUAAACACCAAUGGCAAAUUCUUAAUACUAAUACAAAGUUAUCCUCA